GCCGGAGCGGAGUAUUUAGUCGCGGUAACUCGCCUUGGAAACAGUCGAAUCGAAUCUGUGCUUGGCAGUUGAAGCGUUUCGGAAAGGACGAAACUUGUUUGAGUUGUUCGUCACGUAUCCCAUGAUCGUCGAUAAAAAGUUACGAUUCGACGCGAGCGACUAUUUUUUUGCGAUGGAAGACGAGGGAAAUCACGGCAACGACGACACCAGAUGCUUCAUCCUGUCGACGCUGGCCGCGUUACAGUGGUCCAGGGUAUCCUGCGUCCUUUGUCGAGCGCCAAUGCUCGUCUUUGAUAGGUACCCUUUGGUGGAUGGCACAUUUUUCCUGUCACCCAGACAGCACUCGACCGCCUGCGCCGAGGUUAAGGUGGAAGGUCGCACGCAAUUCUUGUCAGCAGUGUGCAUGAGUUGCCUGGAGGGCAGCGGUGGCCAGCCGGUGCGUUGUCGUUAUUGUACUCAACCAUGGGACGGCUCUAGCUUAGUCCUUGGAACAAUGUACAGCUACGAUAUCUUCGCUGCCAUGCCCUGUUGCACCGAACGACUUAAGUGCAACAGCUGCCAGAAACCGCUGAUCUAUCCGCACCAGCGGCUCAACUUCUACUCGGACUACAGCCGCGUAUUCGCGUGCCCUCAUUGCCGAGCGGUGGACGCCCAUUUCGUAAAACCGCUCUCAGUCUGCUUCACCCGCGAGCAGUUUCAGCUUUAUAGCCAGUGGCCGUAACCAUUAGGGAACUUAGCUACCCGGCGUCUAGGCACCGCGACUGAUCCGUGUCCCCUCUUCUUCGACCCACUGAUCUCCCUGCUCCGGGCCACCUUGCUCUAGAAUCCUCCAAACACACAUCUUUCUUUGCAAACGAUCGUCAUUUACGUCAAGAAGAUAACGAUGAUGAUGAUGAUGAUGAUGAUGAUGAUGAUGAUGAUGAAGAAGAAAAAUGAAAAACGGAGAAGAAGAAAUAUAUAAAAGAAAAAAAAAAGAUAUGAUGGAAGAGAGCGAAAAAAGCAUGAGAAAUAUCAGGCUCGACACUUCGCUCCUACACACUCAUUUAUAUUGGUUUUGUCUCGGGAUCAACUAUAUUCGUUUUGUUUGUUUUUUUUUUUUUUGCCUCUUUUUUAUUUUUAUGAAUGAUCGACUUUUAUUGGUUUUUGUCGUUCGAGCGCGUUCCGAUUUUUGGAGGUUGAUGUUAACGAGAUUAACACUUUUGUUUUACAAUUUUCUUGCAGUCUGUUACGCCCACGUGAUGUAAGUAAUGUAGUUUAUUAAUCUUCGACGUUAAGGAUUUAUUCGUCCCUCGUUCUUUCCACUUCAAUUCGUUCCUUAAUGGCGAAGAGUUGAGGUAAUGAAAAGAUAAGUGGUUAUAUUCGAAAGUUGCAUACUAAUUUUACUUUUGUAUAUCACCUACACUUAUAAAUCACUUAUUCAUAGUAGAACAAUAUAAUUCUUCAUUAAAAAAAAAAAAAAAAAAAUGUAAAAUUGACAGAAGGAACGAACGAGGAAGAUUUAUUAAUCAUCAAUUUCAAGAGUUAAAAUUCCACUACAUUGCAAUUUAUUUAUUUCCUUUGAAAGUGACUCGGAUACGACAGAAUGCUACGAGUGAUUUGAUCAAAAUUUCAACAUUUCGUUUGUACUUUAAAGUAACAGAAGUAUCGAAAUACGUCUCCAAUGUCGGAAACGCUCGAUCGACGUGUUUCUCUAUAUUAACGAAGCGAAUCAAGAACGAGCUUUCUCUUAUGUUAACGAACGGAUCUUGCCGGAAUUUGUCGACUAAUUCGAGAUAUGUGUGUGUAUAUAUCGAGAGUGUGAAGCGCGCGAGUGUCAGGUCCCCUGCGAGCUCCCGUAGCAGCGAUAACGUUUAAGAUUUUCUUAUUUUUUUUUUUUUUUUUUUUCUUUCUCAGUGUCGAUAGUAGGAUUUAUCUUUGUUAAUUCAACGCGAGGGACGAGGGAAAAAGCAGAACGGGGCGGAAUUUGUGUCGGAUCGAUCGGCACGAGGAUAGAUCGACGGCGCGCUCGACGACGACGUAUCGAUCAAUUCGAUUGGGCUUCAACUCCUGCCGGGAAUUCGAGCCAAGGAUUAUCUUCAGUAUUAUGGUCGAGGGCAAACAGCAGAUCCCAAGAGCGUGGGAAUCGCAAUCCUUUUAAGUUGGCGAAACAUCGCGCAUUCAGUGAAAAAAUAUCGCGCGAAUUUCUUUGGUUUUUCUGCUUUUCUUUUCCUCUCUUUCGUCAUUUUAUUAUUCGCGUGAUUCCGAGUUGGAAAGAGGAAAUUAGUCACAUUGAAACGCGAGGGUUCAGUUCACGUGUGUACGAAAGGAAGCUAGUUGUUCGGAAAAAGUCGAGUCGAAUUAGGUUUAAAAAAGAAGAAAAAAAGAUCGAACGAGGUCGAUACAUCAUCGUCUACGAGUCGCGAACAUUCGCGUAGGCUCGUCCCUCGCGUUCCAUAGUCGAAUUGCGUUAACUGGAAGGAUAAGAGAAAAAUAGAACGAAAAAUUAUUGCAGAGAUAGGUUUAGAUAUCGAGAUUUACCAGCAGAAUGGUAAAAAUAUAAAAAAAAAAGAACAAAAGCAAAAAAAAAGAAAAAAAAAAUGGUAAGACUUCCCUGUAUGUUACGUAGGCAUGUGUAAGGAACAAACGCGAAAUGAUUAACGAUUGAAAAAGGAAAAAAAAAACCAAGAAAAAAGAAAAA